AUGGGACGAAAAAAAAAGAAGCAGUCUAAACCAUGGUGUUGGUAUUGCAAUCGAGAGUUUGACGAUGAAAAAAUAUUAAUUCAACAUCAAAAGGCUAAACAUUUUAAGUGUCAUAUAUGUUAUAAAAAGUUAUAUACAGGUCCUGGACUCUCAAUACAUUGUAUGCAAGUGCACAAAGAGACUAUUGACAAAGUUCCAAAUUCAUUACCCAAUAGGUCUAAUAUAGAAAUAGAAAUUUAUGGAAUGGAAGGUAUACCUCCUGAUGACAUUAAGGAGCAUGAAAAACAAAAAGCAAGCAAACAAUCGGGAGGUGUUAGAGCAGGAUCCCCAAGUUCAGGAGAAGAUGAACCUGCCCCUAAGAAAACAAAACCAGAUACAGUUUUAAAUGGACCUGCAGGUCUUGGAACACCAGGACCCGUACCUGGUAUGAUUAGACCAGGUAUGCCUCCAAAUAUGAUGCCUGGAAUUGGACCUCCAGGAAUCUUUCCUCAUCCAAUGAUAGGACCUAUGGGGCCAAUGGGGCCUCCUUUUCUAGGACCUGGACACAUGAUGAUGGGUCCAGUGGGUAUGGGCCCUCCUCAAAUGGCUAUGCCUGGAAUGCCGGGAUUGCCCACGCAGCCGCCGAAACCAUUGUUUCCUAGCGCAGUUGUGUCAACUCAAACCACGACUGGACCUCCGGUGGGUGUAGAUUUCAAACCCAUCACAAGCACGUCACAAAUAGGACCUGUAAAACCUACUUUUCCUGCAUAUAGUGAUGGUAGAAGUAAAACAUCAACAGAAACAAAAACUGAGCCAGAAAAAAUUAAUUUAAUUAAUACUACUGGAGCAUCCAGUAAAAUUAUUCAUCCGCCGGAAGACAUUUCAUUAGAAGAAAUUCGGGCACGAUUACCUAAAUACCAACCGAAAACUGAAGUAAAGCAACAAGAACAAUCAACUUCUGCAGAAGAUGAAAGACCAAAGUUUACACCUCAAAUCAGACCUCAAUUUGCGUUGGGUCCUGCUUUGGUGCCCGUGUCAAUGCAAAAUCCUUUAGUACCAGUUUCAAGUGUAGCCAUGAUAUCUCCCAUGGGUCCUCCCGUCAUGCGGUUUGCAGUUAUGCCAAUGCAUAUGCCAAUGAUUAGGCCUACACCGCCUGUCGCAAUUCAUCCAGGACUUAUUGGAGGACCGCCUUUACCAGUUCCAGGAAUGCAUGCAGCUGCUAUUGGUGCAUUGCCAGGUGCGAUUCCCGGAGUUGCUUACCCCCCUGUGGCUUUUCCUGGGCCCCCGAUGUUGGCGCCCAUGAUCCCUCGUUUUAGAUGA